AUGGUACAUAUCCAACAUGCAGAAGGAAGGGCAGUGCUUCGGCGGGCUGUACCCCUCGACGAAGUAGGUGCACCACGUUUCUCGCAUUUAGAAUGCAAAUUCCCUUUUCGUCUACUUGCACCUGUCCAAGCGGCGAAUGAUGCUACGGUCAACGCAGCAAAAUAUGUGGACACGGCUGAUCGAUCCGCCCCCAUCAAGAGCGUUGGUAUCUUGUUUACCCUAGGUUUUGGUGGCGGUCUUAUAAGCGGCGAUAGUGUGAACCUCGAGAUCGAUGUAGGCGAGCAUACUCGCCUACUUAUGCUUACCCAAGGUAAUACGAAUGUGUAUCGAGUACGUCGCGGGGGUGAUCCCGUCGCAUCAAUCAUGCGUGCGCAGGGCCCCAACGAAGUCUCGCGCCAGCAUACCAGGUACCAUGUGAGAAAAAAUGCCACUCUUGUCUUGCUGCCUGCGCCUGUGACAUGCUUUGCACGAUCUCGAUACGCCCAGACGCAGCGCUUUGACUUACAUUGCGGCGCGUCAUCUUCAUUGAUUCUACUUGAUUGGUUUACUUCGGGACGACUUGCCGUUAACAAGACUGACUAUCGGAUCCCUGAAUUGUGGCAUUUCUACAUGUACCACAGUCGCAACGAGGUGCGCGUGAAUGGCGACGUCAUUGUACGCGACCGUCAACACCUUGCGCAAGACCUGCCAGACCAACUCCAAGAAGACACUAGAACAGACUUGGCUCAACGCUGUGAGCCGUAUACGUGUUUUGGAAUCGUAAUUCUCUACGGGAUCGAAUGUGAGGCACUAUGCCGGUCGUUAUCAGAAGAAUACGAUCAAAUCCAGCAGCCCCAACCACUGCUACGAUCUGGAGGCACGUUAGGCUCGUCUCGUGUGAGUCCACCGGAAGUUCUUUGGAGUCUUAGUCCGUUGUGCUCGGGAGCGCCCGUGCCUGGUGGGAACAUGAAGACAGGAUCCAGUGUUGACAAGGGCUUGAUCUUGCGCGUGGCAGGCACAGAAACAGACACAGUGCGUGCAUGGUUGCACAAGCACUUGCUUCCUGUGAAGUAUUUGAUUGGAGAUGAUAUGUAUCGUAUCGCUCUAGGCUAG